UCGUCGGCUACGAGGUGCCCUUACAGGCCAGGGGCACCGGGGAGGGUGAUUCAGAGGCUUGGAGGAACUGGAUAUAUAAGGACGGCGAGACCCAGGAUCCUCGAAUGACCUUGUUAGAACAUCCAUUGGCAUCUUGGGAACUCGCCGGAACUCUCCAGACUAAGCUACCUUCACUUGCGACAGAGCUCUUUAAGUAACAACACAUCUUGCGGCCAACCCCGGACGCCAGCCGUAGCCAGCCGACAGAGCCAAAAUGUGUCUAGGACAGCCAUAUCGCUACCGCUGUGGACACAUGCAGGUGGUAUGGGCCAAGUGCAUACACUCCCGCCACGUGCCUGGGACGGACUAUUGUGACCCGUGCGGCAGAGAGAAGGACAUGGCGAUGGGCCCCACCAUAAACACCGACACCCCCUGCCCGCUCCCGGGAUGCCGGGGCCCGGAGCUGGGCAUCUGGAGGUGCUGUAGGUGCGGGCACGACAAGAACAGGCGGGGCUGGUGCAUGGGCGACGUCCGCGUGAACGGGCAGCCGAGGAGGGAGUGGGACCCGUCGUUGAACGGAGGAAACGGCGACUGGCGGUUGGUAACCGUCUGCGACCAUGGCAACUGUGUCAGGUGCACCACCAUCUCCUGACCAUCACAUCUAGGGACCCGACCCCCAUCGCCUCUGAGAGCGUUGCCA